AUGAAGGGGGCCAAAUCCAAGGGCGCCGCCAAGGCCGACGCCAAGUUGGCGGUGAAGAGCAAGGGGGCGGAGAAGCCGGCCGCCAAGGGGAAGAAGGGCAAGGCCGGCAAGGACCCCAACAAGCCCAAGAGGGCGCCAUCCGCCUUCUUCGUCUUCAUGGGCGAGUUCCGCGAGGAGUUCAAGCAGAAGAACCCCAAGAACAAGUCCGUCGCCGCCGUCGGCAAAGCGGCCGGUGAGAGGUGGAAGAGCUUGAGCGAAUCGGAAAAGGCCCCCUAUGUGGCCAAGGCCAACAAGCUCAAGGGCGAGUACAACAAGGCCAUUGCUGCCUACAACAAGGGCGAGAGCGCUGCUGCUGCUGCCCCAAAGAAGGCUGCGGCCAAGGAGGUAGAGGAGGAAGAUGAGGAGGAAUCUGACAAGUCCAAGUCGGAGAUCAAUGACGACGAUGACGAUGAGGGCAGCGAUGAGGACGAGGACGAUGACGAGAACGGACCUGAGCUGUGUGCGGUGGUGUCAUAA